UCACAAGCAUUUUCUACCAAACAAAGGAGCCAUGUGGGCCCACUGCGCACUAAUCAAGCCUGCUCAGCAACCUGCAACUGCAGUGUGAGUGCGAGUCGAGAGCUUGAGGCCGGAGCUAUCCCUUUCUUUCCCCGUCCGGGACGGCAGAGACGAGAGCGAGCGCCCAGGAGAGGAGACGGAGCCGAGGAAGAGUGUCAGCUAUGGGGGAUGGGGGGAGGAGCUCCAUACUGGUGCACAUUCUGGUGAUCGCCCUCUGCCUGGCCGCCUUUGGCUUCGCCAUCGCCGCCGAGCGCCGCCGCAGCACGGGUUCAAUAGUCACGGACAGCUCCAAUACCACAUUUUGUGUUUAUGACUCCGAUAUUGCUACUGGCUAUGGUGUUGGUGCUUUCCUGUUUCUUCUCUCAGGACACUCACUGCUUAUGGGUCUUACGAGGUGCAUGUGCUUCGGCGCACCACUCGCGCCAGGUGGAAGCAGAGCCUGGUCCAUUAUAUACUUCGCAUCGUCAUGGGUCACAUUUGCAAUUGCGGAGGCAUGCCUAAUUGCUGGAGCAACAAAGAACGCAUACCACACAAAGUAUAGGGAUAUGGUAUACGCUAGUAACUGGACCUGUCAAUCUCUGCGCAAAGGAGUGUUCAUUGCCGGAGCAGUCUUCGUGGUGUUCACCAUGAUUCUGGACGUGUACUUCUACAUGUACUAUGCAAAGGCCACGAGCCAAGCUGCCAAAAAGAUCAGUAAGACAACCCCGAGCGUUGGCAUGACUGGAUAUGCAUAAGCAACCUAAUAAAACUCUCGGCUGAUAGAAAAAUAGACUUUCUAUUUGUGGUAUUUUCUGUAGCACUGCAGUGAGUGAUUUUAGGAUAUGACUUAGUUUUGCGUAAAUGUUGCUUACUAUAUAUGUGUAUUGUUUAAUCCUUGCGAAACCAUAGUACUCUUGUGAUGCUAUCUUGUCUGCUAGAACAUAACAAAUGUCAAACCGUCGGUUGUGCGGGAUUUUCGAUGCGGA